CCGCCGCCGCUUCCGCCGCCGCUUCCGCCGCCGCCGCCGCCAUGAACAGCGUAGGGGAGGCAUGCACCGAUAUGAAGCGCGAGUACGAUCAGUGCUUCAAUCGCUGGUUUGCCGAGAAGUUUCUCAAGGGAGACGGCUCCGGGGACCCGUGCACCGACCUCUUCAAGCGCUACCAGCAGUGCGUUCAGAAAGCAAUAAAGGAGAAGGAGAUUCCCAUCGAAGGACUGGAGUUCAUGGGCCAUAGCAAAGAAAAGCCUGAAGGUUCUUCUUGACCUUGUCACCUUGAAAACGGACUGUCAGGAUAUUGAGGGACUCUGAACUUUUGUCGGUGCAGACUUCCGUUUGCAAACGAUGCUCCUCAGUCUGCUCUGAGAUGAAUGUCUCACUUGUCUGGCAUUGUGCCAAAACUCAGUGUGCUCAAUCUGAGUGAUUGCUUGGGAUUAUGGUUGCAAUAUUCAGUCUGGAAUCAGCUUUAAAUAUAUCUUGUAUGUAUGUAAGUAAUGAAAAACUUGUCAAAGUUGGCUUAAGUUAUGCUGUAAGAACAUCUGGUACUCUGGCAGGGUCAGCUCAUGGAAGUAAUUGGUUAGGACAUCUCUUUUCUCUCAGGGAGCUAAUGGUCUGAAAAGGGAUCCCAGCAUAACAGUUUUUAGCAGACAGUUCCCUGCCUUAAGGUUACCUCAGAUUAACACAAAUUUCAAAAAUGCUGCAGUGAGCCUCAUUUCAGAGCUUACAGCAUAGAGAGAUAUUAAGGCCUUUUACAGUAGCUAUGGAAGAGGAACCUGGAUUAUAAAGAUUUACUGUUCUCAGCUUUCAACUGAAGUCAAUGAAUGAAGUAAAACCCUGUAUCAUAAAAUGCCAGAAUGCUGCAUCUGCAUCUGGUUAAAUAGGUGGAUGGGAUUUGCUUGAUUUACCUUAUUUAUCUACCAUGCCCUGUAUUGUCUAUAAUCAUGAUGAUGGAAUAAAUUGCAAAUUCA